CACUGACCACAAUGUCGAUAACACCACAGCAAUCCUUAGAGAGUGGCUGAAGAAUGUGCAGAACCUCUACCACGAUGUGGAGUGGAGGCCGAUGGAAGACCCCCAGUCUUACCCAGAGGAAAUUGGGCCAAAACAUUGGCCAAGCUCCCGAUUCACUCAUGUGAUGAAACUCCGACAGGCUGCCCUGCGCGCUGCACGAGAGAAGUGGUCGGACUACAUCCUGUUUAUUGAUGCAGAUAAUUUACUGACCAACCCACAAACCCUGAACCUGAUGAUAGCAGAAAACAAGACAUUGGUGGCACCAAUGCUGGAGUCUCGCUCCCUCUAUUCUAACUUCUGGUGUGGCAUCACCCCUCAGGGCUAUUACAAAAGGACCUUGGAUUAUCCCCUGAUUCGGGAAUGGAAAAGGACAGGCUGUUUUGCUGUCCCGAUGAUUCAUUCCACGUUCCUCAUUGACUUGAGGAAAGAGGCCUCCGCCAAGCUGACGUUCUACCCCCCCCACCAGGACUAUACCUGGAGCUUUGAUGAUAUCAUGGUCUUUGCCUUCUCCAGUCGCCAAGCAGGAAUACAGAUGUUCAUCUGCAACCGUGAACACUAUGGUUUUCUUCCCAUGCCCCUGAAAUCGCACCAGAUGCUGCAAGAAGAAACUGAGAACUUUGUGCACACACUAAUCGAGGCUAUGAUCGAUCGUCCUCCCAUUGAACCUUCUCAGUAUGUCUCUGUUCCUCCAAAGAACCCUGACAAGAUGGGAUUUGAUGAAAUUUUCAUGAUCAAUCUGAAGCGUCGGAAAGACAGGCGGGAUCGGAUGCUGCGGACUCUCUAUGAGCAGGAGAUUGCAGUUAAGAUAGUGGAGGCUGUGGAUGGAAAAGCACUGAACACAAGUCAGCUCAAAGCUCUCAGCAUCGAUAUGCUCCCGGGUUACCGGGACCCAUACUCCUCCAGGCCACUAACCAGGGGAGAGAUCGGCUGCUUCCUUAGUCACUAUUACAUCUGGAAGGAGGUGGUGAACAGGGAACUGGAGAAGACGCUUGUUAUUGAGGAUGAUGUGCGCUUUGAACACCAGUUUAAAAGGAAGCUCAUGAAGCUGAUGGAUGACAUUGAACAAGCCCAACUAGACUGGGAGCUUAUCUACAUUGGCCGGAAAAGGAUGCAGGUGCAGGAGCCUGAGAAAGCAGUUCCCAAUGUCAUGAACCUGGUGGAAGCUGACUACUCGUACUGGACCCUGGGGUACGCAAUCUCUUUCCAAGGGGCUCAGAAACUCAUCGGAGCUGAGCCUUUCAGCAAGAUGUUGCCUGUAGAUGAAUUUCUGCCAGUCAUGUACAACAAGCACCCUGUAGCAAAGUACAUGGAGUACUAUGAGUCCAGAGACUUGAAAGCCUUUUCAGCAGAACCCCUGCUUGUUUACCCCACCCACUACACAGGGCAGCCAGGCUACCUCAGCGAUACAGAGACCUCUACAAUCUGGGACAACGAGACCGUGUCAACGGACUGGGACAGAACACACUCCUGGAAAUCCCGGCAGCAGGGCAAGAUCCAUAGCGACGCCCAGAACAAGGAUGCCCUGCCUUCCCAGUCGUCUCUCAAUGCGCCGUCCUCCAGGGACGAGUUAUGACUGCCUGCUUUCCCUGGGACUCUGUUGACAGCUGAACCUGCCUCACACUUUAGCUUUUCACCCUUGAAAGUUGUAGAGCAG